GUUGCGCGGCCGCGACGCCCGACGCCGGCGGGGCAGCGGCGCUUUGGGUUCCGCGCUGCUGGUGGUAUCUGGCGCGAACCCACGAGGCUCAGGUCCGUUCGGCGCAGGUAGGCGUCGUCCCGCUUGCACCGCCGACUGGGCCCCUCUUGGAUGUGGGAGCGGCGCGCCCUGGCGUUGCGUUUUCUCAACGGUGCCCGAGGCGUUGGCCCUCGCUGCCGCAGGCGGACGACGGGACUGACUCUGUAACUGUGUGAGGAGUUGCUGGAUUCUUCUGUCACUUGGACAGUGCCUUAUAAAGAACUCUUAACUGACCAACAAAGAGUUGCUUCGUUUGUGGAUGGCAUUUAGAAGGUGAAUGGACAACAUCCUAUCCUAUUUGGAAGGCCACCACUCUGAUGGAAGAAGAUUCUUAGACUCUGCAAGUAAAGACAACCUCAUGUUCACAGUAUACCAUGGCUUCAUCAUCAAGCAGCCUCACUACCGGGAGAAGAACCGGCUCAAAGCUGAAGUCCAUGAAGUUGCUUGAGGUUCUGAAUGCUCUGGAGGAGGAGGAAUCUGGCCAGAGUAGGGAGGAGAUCUUCAUUGCACCGCCCAACAAUGCUUCAGGGGACUUCACUGAUGAGGACUCAGGUGAUGAAGAUAGCCGGCGAGGAACCCACCUGCCUGGCAAUGUGCUCCAUGCCUUUGUUGUGCCUGAGGACUCCGGCACCGGGGAGGAUGAUGAUGACCUGCAGCUGCAGCCAGCCAUGAAGAAGCAAAAGGCAGUAGUGGAACCUCAGCAUGUUUGGACCAAAAGAGAUAUCUGCCCGGACUUCACCAGUUGGACAGCAUCAGAUCCUCAUAUGGAGGAUCUCAAAAGCCAGGAACUGAGUCCUGUAGGCCUCUUUGAAUUGUUUUUUGAUGAAGGAACAAUUAAUUUUAUUGUUAAUGAAACCAAUCGUUAUGCUUGGCAGAAGAAUAUCAACCUGGGUCUCACAGCCCAGGAAUUGAAGUGUGUUUUGGGCAUUUUGAUUUUAAGUGGGUAUAUCUCCUAUCCAAGGAGAAGGAUGUUUUGGGAAACAUCCCCUGAUUCACAUCAUCAUCUUGUGGCUGAUGCAAUUAGAAGGGACAGAUUUGAACUGAUCUUCUCAUACCUGCAUUUUGCAGAUAACAAUGAGCUUGAUGAAAGUGAUAGGUUUGCCAAGGUGAGGCCUCUCAUUGUCCGCAUGAACUACAAUUUCCAGAAGCAUGCGCCCUUGGAAGAGUUCUACAGCUUUGGCGAGUCUAUGUGUGAGUACUUUGGACACCGGGGGUCCAAGCAUCUGCCUGCGGGGAAACCUGUGCGGCUGGGCUACAAGAUCUGGUGUGGGACGACCAGCAGGGGCUAUUUGGUGUGGUUCGAGCCCUCACAGGGCACACUGUUCACUAAGCCAGACAGGGGCCUGGACCUAGGAGGCAGUAUGGUGGUGAAAUUUGUGGAUGCACUUCAGACACGUGGGUGUCUGCCAUACCACAUAUUUUUUGACAAGGUUUUUACAAGUGUCAAAUUGAUGUCCAUUUUAAGGAAGAAAGGAGUGAAGGCCACAGGAACUGUUCGUGAGUACAGAACUGAACGAUGUCCCCUUAAAGAUCCCAAAGAACUGAAGAGAAUGAAGAGGGGUUCGUUUGAUUACAAAGUUGAUGAGAGUGAGGAGAUCAUCGUGUGCCGCUGGCAUGAUAGCAGUGUGGUCAACAUCUGCUCCAACGCUGUGGGCAUAGAGCCAGCGGGGCUGACCAACCAUCACUCGGGAGCAGCCAAGACGCAGGCCCAGGUUCAUCAGCCAUCCCUGCUGAGGCUGUACCAGGAGAAGGUCGGGGGUGUCGGCCGCAUGGACCAGAACAUCGCCAAGUACAAGGUGAAGAUCCGGGGUAUGAAGUGGUACUCGAGUUUCAUUGGCUAUGUUAUUGACGCUGCUCUUAACAAUGCAUGGCAGCUGCACAGGAUAUGCUGCCAUGAUGCCCAGGUGGACCUUCUGGCCUUUCGGAGAUAUGUGGCCUGCGUGUACCUAGAGAGCAACGCGGAUACAUCAUCCCAAGGGAGGCGAAGCAGGCGGCUGGAAACCGAGAGCCGCUUUGACAUGAUUGGGCACUGGAUCAUCCACCAGGACAAGAGGACCCGGUGUGCCCUGUGCCACUCACAGACCAACACCCGCUGUGAGAAGUGCCAGAAGGGCGUCCAUGCCAAGUGCUUCAGGGCGUACCACAUCCGGUAAUGCAUCCUGGGCAGAGGGAACCCCCUGGAUGUUUGGUUUGUUAUGAGAUGUUUACAGCUAAUUACAUAUAGCAUUUGGGGCAUUUGUGUGUUGUGUUGACAAAAAGAGACCUGAAUCCCUGAUUUGGUUUUGUAUUUUUCCUCGUCUUCAUUACAGUUAUCUUUUUAUCAUCUUCUAUUAUGCCUACAUGUAAUAUAAAUUAAUAGUUAUGUUAGUAAUCAUAAAUGUUUGUAAAUAUAUAUUUUAUACUGUUAUUUAUUUCAACCUAUGGACCCCUUUUUAUUAAAAUAAAAAUCUUGCUUUGGGGUAUAGCUGUCCUGAUAAGGAGACUUGAACGUAACCAAAAACUUUAGAGAAACUUUCGUGAACAGUAAAAAGAUUUUACAGUGUAUGCUCUCAGUUAUAAUCUAA